AGAUGUGUAAAGGUAGCCUAAAAUUAUGUGAGUUUUAAAUUAUGUAAAUUUUGCUAUUUCUAACUGCCGCGUGAUCUGAGCCAUGGCAAAAUCCGGUGACAAAUCAAAUGGUUCUGGAUACACGGCACCUACAGAGGAUGGCUUGGUGUCACACUUUCAACUGGCACCAGCCACGACAACUAACAAUGCAUUUAAGAUGGAAAGUUUAAAAGAUUCAUCAAAUACAAUUUCAAUAUCAAGUACACAUGGUCAACCAUAUCCGAAGAAAAAGGGUGGAUUUGUGAUCACGAGCGUUAAAGAUAACGUCGAUGGGGAUGAGAGUGCUGACGACCUGGACGAAUCUCACACGUCAUACUCGGACAUCUCGUACUCAAGGACGACUGAUGUUGAUCAUGAUCCUGAAAGCUCUGCAUCGGAAGACACCUUAAAUAUGACGAUACAGGACCCGCAUCAUCAACCCACUUUAACUGCUGCACCUACAGCUACAAGUGUUAAUAAGAAUGUUAAGCUUUCUAAUUCAUCUUAUACACAGAUGAAAGAAUCUACAUCUGAAGUUAUUGAGAGUCAAGCAAGUGUCGAUGUCGAAUUUCCUUCCGAGUUACCUCAUGAUCAAGCUGUAGUUAAGGAUGGAAAUCUAAAGACGGGAACUUUAUUAAAACCUGGUGCUGCAGGUGAACAGACUGGUGGACCAACUUUACCUCAUCAACAGCCAGCAUUACCCACCCCUAUUUCCACUAAAAGCGCAAAUAAAGAUACAAAAGUAGUUACCACUGUACAAAGCACAACUAUCUUACCCAAUGGAAACAUAGUCACAAGUGGAACAAAUGUUACCGGUCAAAAUAAACCGACCACCACAGCAGCUCCCACAAAAACCCUAGCCUCAAGAGUAUAUAAAGUCGUAAAACGCGACACGCAGCAGCCUGUAAAGCGGGAAAGAUCACGAUGGUCGUAUUUUGACUACGCUGACUCCCAGUCUGCCAAUAUAGGUUUUGUUUCGCACUCUACAAGCGAUACAAGGUUGAACUAUCACGACCAGCAUUCGCACCACUCGAAUAGUGCUUUAUUGGUCUCCAUGUCCGCAACGUCAAUGCCAUCCAGCUCGAGCUCGUACAGUCUCCAGCACUCAGACAGUGCGUCAUCCAUCCAGCGAGACCCAUAUACCACAGCUACACCAAUUAAUCAUCCCAACACUGUCCAACACUCUGCGAGUGCUUCGUCCAUAAAUCAAGAACAUGAGUCGCGGAUUUUGCAACGGUUAGUCUCCGCAGACAAUGUUGACGACAGAAGACAGAGCUUGGAAGAAAGGAGUUCUGAAGUAUCAGAGCACGAUGCGAUUAAGAAUGUUAUUCAAUCUUAUGUCGAUUUAUCAACCUCUGUGGACCCCACAUCUGAAGAUGAAAGUGCUUCAUCAAGAAGUGUUAGAAUUGACAACAAGAUAGAAGCAGCCAUGGAUCUAGUUAAGAAACACUUAAUGCUGGCUGUCAGGGAUGAAGUUGACGAACUAAAAGACAAAAUUGUCGAAUUGCAAGAUGACAACUUUAAAAUGAAACUUGAAAACGAAACUCUGAAAGGAAUUUUGACACCGGAACAGUUCAAUAUUGCCCAGCAGAAAAUUUCUAGCAAGGUUAAAAAUCGCUCAUUUCUCAAACACCCCGCUCAAGCUACGACGUUACAGGGAAGUAAUGCUACUUCUGGGCUGGUGACUCCUGUACAAAGUGUUCCCUCUGAAUUAUUCUUACAUGACAACACACUAUUGCAAGGAAAUACACCAACUCAGCACCCAACCAAUAUUUCAUUAUUAUCACAACCUGUAUUGAACUCUGGCGUAGCAACAAACUCUCAGCAUAUGAUGAACGCACAGUUGCAGCAAAACGCUCAACCUUUAUUCCAGCAAACAAUACACGGACAACCAGUGGUCUCCCCCGUCAAUUCUAACGGUCACCCAGUCAUGCAGCACCCCACGCAACAAAACCAAAUUCCCCAGCAAGUAUUCCUGCAACAAAAUUAUCCCCAACAAGUUGGACCCCACCAUAGCACCAACACGCAGCAACACCAAGGUUUAACGAGCCAACCCCUGCACUUCCCAAACCCCACGUACCCCCAGGCCAACCCACUGGGGCAGCAACCAUCUUACACAUUGCAAAGCACGGGAUUGCCACGUCAAUCUACAGUACCAAACAUUCUACCACGGCAACUUGCACCUGGUACUGUUCUAAACCCACCCUACCACACCCAGCCUGCUUUAGUAAAUACACCCACAACCACUGAGUUUGAUCAAACCAGUGAUGGUACUGUGGACACGCGGACUCCAUUAUCUUAGUAUAACUUCACACUGGUGUGCAUAGGCGCCAUACUAAGGGUGGCGUGGUAGGCAGGCACACCCCAAAAUUUUUUUCACUGCUUUAAUCUGUAAAGAUUGGCAUCAAAUUUGUUUUAAAAGAUCACACACCCAACUAUUUCUGCCUCCCCUGCAUUCUAAAAAGUUUGGUGCCUAUGCUGGUGUGUAUAUUGUCAUUGCUUCUCACUACAAAGUUCCCUACAAUAAUGAAUAUUUAAGUCUGUCCAUGUUAGAACAAAAGGCCGCUAAAUUCAUCCAGUAUUUGGUAAAUAGUGAAAAACCAUCAAGUAAAGCGACCUUUUUAUAAUUUUAUCCAUGUUUUAUUGUUGUACGCCCUAUAAGACAUUGGUUGAGAAUUCCCUAACACACCAUGUGUGGUGCUGAUCAUGACACACGGCUAUUUAAAGUUCUGUUUUAACGCUUUUCGUUUGCAAAUGGCUACCAAGUACAAAUGUUCACCUUUGCUAGCCACAUUGUAUUUUCAACUGCUCACUACCACUGCAUGGACCUCACGCGAUGUUUUAUUUCUUAUUCAGUGGCCACAUUUGUGAAAACUGAGUAAUAUUAUGUGCGAAACGCCCAAAUGCAUUAUAUAUUAUUGUUCAAAAAUAUAUAGACGUUUACGCCGCCUGC